AUGGCACCUCUCAGACCCGGAAUCUACGCCCCCACAAUGACCUUCUUCGACCCCGUCACCGAGGACGUCGACUAUCCCACAAUCAAGAAGCACGCCGUCCGCCUUGCGAAGGCCGGCCUCGCCGGCCUAAUCCCCAUGGGCUCCAACGGUGAAGCUGUGCACCUCAACCGCGAGGAGAAGCGCAAAAUCACCCGCGCCACCCGUGACGCCCUCGACGAAGCCGGCUUCCCUGAAGUCUCCGUCAUGGUUGGGUGCAGCGAGCAGUCCGUCCGCGGCACCAUCGAGCUGUGCAAGGAGGCCGCCGAGUCCGGCGGUGACUCGGUGCUGCUCAUCCCCGCCAGCUACUACCGCUACGCCAUGACCGAGGAGGCCAUCUACCAGUACUUUACGCGCGUGGCCGACGGCUCCCCGAUCCCGAUUGUGCUGUACAACUACCCGGGUGCGGUUGCGGGGAUCGACAUGGACAGCGACCUGCUGCUGCGGCUGUCGGAACACCCGAAUAUCGUCGGGACAAAGUUCACGUGUGGCAACACUGGGAAGCUUGCGCGUGUGGCGCUGGCGAAGAAGGCGGCAACGGCGACGGAUGCGGGGAGCGGGUACAUGGCGUUUGCGGGUAUGGCGGACUUUUUGCUGCAGGGACUGUUGGUCGGCGGAAGUGGUGUGAUUGCUGGUGGAGCCAAUGUGGCGCCGAAGGCGUGUGUGAAGGUGUUUAACUUGUUCGCGGAGGGCAAGGUUGAGGAGGCGACGAAGGCGCAGAUCGCGCUGUCCAAGGGCGAUUGGUUCUUGACAAAGACGGCCAUUCCGGGAACCAAGAGUGCGAUUCAGAGCUACUAUGGAUAUGGAGGGUACCCCAGACAGCCGCUGCAGAGGUUGGCACCUGAGGCGGAGAAGAAGUUGGCGGAGAACAUCAAGGAGUUGAUGGCAUGGGAGAACAGUUUGUAG